CUACCCUCCCCACCUUGAGCCCCCAGAGCUUGAAGCCCCAAUCCUUUCGACGCUGUACACCAGCAUGCACUGCGUCCGCGCUGCAUUUUUAUGAUACAAUGAUGAACGUCUCUUACUCUACCGGCCGCGCUGCGCUGCGCCUAAGCCGCUCUUCUUUCCGCCACUUGUGCGGCUCCAGAGUCGCCGGCUUUGCCUACCACUCGUAUCCUUUGCCAUCCAAGAUCCCUGAGCCACCCAGGAGCGACGACAUCUCCAAAGCAUCCAUCGCCCAGCCAGAAGCUUUACCUCGAGUCCACGAGACACGGCCGCCCUUACAGCACGACGCCGCAGCCAAGCCAACAGCACCGCCUCAGGUCCAAUCUCAGUCAACGCCUUCUCCGGCAACAUCAUCAGUUCCUACAACCCCCAAGGCCAGCGAAGCCACUGCGCAAAGCGCAAAGCCCGCUCCACGGCCCCGUUCCAAGCUCCGACCUCGCAAGGCGGCUAUGAAGCUCACCCCCGCUGCUGUUGAUCAGCUUCGCGCACUGCUCAACCAACCUGACCCAAAGCUCAUCAAGGUCGGUGUACGGAACCGGGGCUGCAGCGGGCUGGCAUACCACCUGGAAUACGUUGAUAAGCCUGGCGCUUUCGAUGAAACGGUGGAACAAGAUGGUGUCAAGGUUUUGAUCGAUAGCAAGGCGCUGUUUAGCAUUAUUGGUACCGAAAUGGACUGGGCAGAGGACAAACUGAGUCAGAAGUUUGUGUUCAAGAACCCCAACAUCAAGGAGCAAUGUGGCUGCGGAGAGUCAUUUAUGGUCUGAGAAAAAGUGGGAAACUCCAAACGACGAUGCCAACGACCAGGUGCCGAAGCGGAUACCGAGACAGACAUACAGAGGAAUUGUACGAUGGCGAUAUUAGAGAAAAGAAAGUUACGAAGCAGGAUCCUCGUGAGAGAGAUCUGCUCAGCCAGCCCGCACAAGGGUUUCAUAUAAUAGUGUUGAUACAAGAAUGUUACGAGCACGGGAGUAAAUGGGCAAUAGUAUUAUGGGGCAUUGAUACCGGCGUUAGGUUAGAGGUACAAGAUGUCCUUGAUCAAAUACAUCUCAAAUACAUUUUUA